AUGUUUUCUCAACAAAUUGCCGUAUCAACCAAUAAGGAAGUUGAUGCACACACACCAAACUACCCGAGCUUGCCUCCACAACUAAUUUGUCAGCUUCAUAAUGUGACAAUGCAUGCCGAUAUCGAGACAGAUGACGUUUAUGCUCAAAUGACCUUGCAACAGCUGAGCCCAUGUGAAGAAAGAGAUUAUAAAGCAAUUAUGUUAUAUAUUGGAAGAAUCCCACAUGGAUUUUAUGAUAAUGGAAUGGAAGAUUUCUUUAACCAAUUUGGUACAAUCAAGAGACUCCAAAUAGCAAGGAAUAGGAUAUGA